AUGGACCGUCCAGCAUGGUCUGACCGCAUUCGGGUGAUCCUCGAGGCUGCCGCGCUCAUCCGACUGAUCCCCAAACACACAGAGAAGUUCCUACAGGAACUCACUCCCAUCGGUUCAGCAUAUGGCCCGCUCACCAUUAAUGAGACCUAUCAAAGAUGGCACGAGCACAUGAAGGACUGGCUCCGUAUCAUACACGUCCGCACGAUCACCGACCCACAACCCCUGAACAUGCUCUUUGUCCGCUCAGAGAUUGAUCGACUCGAAUCGGUCAUGAUCGCAUUGGCCAACGUCAUCACCCCCUUGUACAGGAACUGGAGCGUCCGCACAUUGCCCGAAUCAUUGCGCAUCCACACUCAUGAUCGUGAUGAAUGGACGCACAUCGCGCGGUCCACUAUCAGUCUCAUGCACUUGGUGAGGGAGACUGUUGAUUACUGGCACAUCGAUGCAGGCAUAGUCUGGCAGGAUCCACCGAUCAAGCGGAUCCUGUACGACCAUCAUCCAAACACGCCAUUGACCUCGAUACCGCCGCGAAAGAGCGCAACGCACUUGUUGGUUAUUCCGGGCGUGGUUUGUCCCCUAUGGCACAUCAACUGCACAAACGAGUACGAGUUCUUUGAGCGCAUCUGCGCGCACAUUGCUCUUCUUCUCCAAGAGCGGCAAUUGCGCAUUGAUCGUGAAAUCGAAUUCGAUGAAGAAAUUGACGUUUGGGUUGACCGCUGGCUCGGUCAUCUUCGCGCACUACUACCCAUGAUCCACGAGAAACUCCAUAUCCGCUGUGAGCGCCCGCCACCCAUCUGGCUCGAAAUCGAUCUCCCAAGGGAUAGAGCGAUUCCGGACGCUCCAUACACGCUCCCCAUCGGGCAACUUACAUCGCUCUUUGCGCACCCCGAGGAGAUUGAAUUUUGGGACAAGCAAUCUGGGUCGCAGAAGCCUGUCGCGAUGCCCGAGCCACCUGGUGUUGUCCGUGACAGCAUUGCUCAACGGUCGGAGCGUGUGACAUUGAACGGGGUCAAUGACCACACAUACCGGGGAGGUGGGCCGUCACCCGAGGAUGUCUCGAAGAGCGUCGACAUUCUCACGAGACGCCUUGCGUGGUUCAAUGCGCAGGUCGAAUUUUACCAGCAGUGUAAUAUGCUCUCAGAUGAACGGUCUUACUCACGGUCGGACACACUCAUGCGGCCAGAGGUGAGCAACUACCUGCGCAAGGUCGCCCUCGAAGCCGGACACCAUCUCAGCGAGCGCGACGUGUUUGUCUUCACGGACCACCCGCCGCGAUGGGACGACUGGACGGAGGAGGACCUGAUCCUCUUCAACAGGAUGCUCCGGGCGCUGUACAACAGCCCGGUGUCCUUCAAGUGGUGGGACGCGCCGGCGGAGGGCGCGUGGAAGGAGGGUCUUGACUUCAAGACGUUCGCAACCGGCUGGCGCAACCUGAAGCCCAAGUGGUGGGGCAAGAGUGGUCGGCCGUGGACCAGGAGGCGCCAUGAGGCCGUUUGCGGAAAUCUGGCUCAGCAACGACCGGCUCAACCCUGCAACCCCGGUCCAAGACCGCGAGACGAGGACGAUCCGCACAGUGAAGGAUACGAGAUCAACGUGGGGCGUGUGACCGGCGAGGACUGCAGGAAGGCGCAGCGCCAGGCCGAGAUCUACCUCGCCUGGAAGGCGAAGGGCCGUGCGCCCGCCGCGAUGGCGCACCCAAUCCCUCUGUCCACAUGGGCGCGUCCUCUCAAUGUCCCGCCGCAGUCGCAGGAUACGGUGAACUGCGGCCGCGACCGGUGCGAGCGCUGCACUGAGAGCGGCAUGGAGGAAUGCCGGGUUCCGGCCGUCGCAAACGACCCGCGCUGCGUCACUUGUCGUGCACGCAAGAAGGGUUGCUCCUUCGGAUCUCCUCUCACACACGCUGCCUCGCGCCGCACUGCGAGUGCAACGGUGGUGCGCGCACCUUCCAACCGUGCGCGCACCCGCACCCCGGCCAGUUCUGGAGGUGCAAGGGCAGGUAUGAAGCGUCGCCGCGGAGAAUAG